AUGAAUUUUAUUCAACGAUUCUAGUUAAUUAAAUGUCAAAAGCAUCCAGAUAAUUCAAUUACAAAUCUAUGUCUUAAUGAACAAUGUAAUCAACCACAUUAAUUUUGUUAAACUUGUGUUAAACUUCAUGUUGCACAUUCAAAUUAAAUUAUUUACAUGAAAUAGAUUGAUGUUUUACUUAAACGAAACUCUAAUGUUAAUGAAUUCUCGUAAGAUCAACUUGGAUUAGAAACUUAUAAUAUAUAUCGUGAUUUUAAGAAAGCCAUUUAAAAUAGACUUAAUUCAUUGGAAGAAGAAUUAAGAGUCAUCAUUCUCAAAUUAGUAAAUGAUUAAAAGAUUAAUCAAUAUGGAUAUAAAUUUUUAUAGAGUAUUAAUGAUUUUGGUAGUGAUGAUAUUCAAGAUUUAAGACAAUAUCUAAUAAAAGAAUAGAAAGAAAUUUAAAAAAAUCAAAUUAUUCUUAAAGAAAAUCAAAGCAAAUAAACAUUAAUUAAUCUAAAAGAAUAUUUAAGUGAUUAGAUUCCAAAUAUACAAAAAGAAGUUUUCGAUCAAUUAGAUAGCUUGAGUAGCACAUUUUAUUCAAAUACUUAAAGAAUUGAUAGAUUAUAAAAAGUUUUGAUAAGUAAUAGUAUAAGUUGAUAUAUUUAGCUGAUGAUGGUUUGAGUCAACCAAGCAUUUUUGAUUAGAAUACAAUCCGAGUUGUAUAAUUUGAAGUAAGAGAUAAACCUUUGUAUAUAACAGGAAUCUACUAACCUAUGCUAUAUAAGGGAAGCUAUAAUUCAACAAAUUAUGAUUCAUAAACUUAAUCAUAAUUUAAAAUAAUUUACAAGUUACAUGAAGGAUAUGAUUUAAGCAAAUACAUUUAUAAAGAAAAUAAAAUGUUAGAACAUGAAAAAUUAAAGAUAUCGGAUGGUCACUUAUAUUAUAUUGAAUUAACAAAGACAAUAAAAUUGAACCCGCAUAAGAUUUAUUGUAUCUCAAUAUCAACUAAGGAAUCUAAAGCAUUUUAUACUUAUUAAUAUUCCAAUAGUAAAAUUGAUAACCCAUUAAUCAAAUGGUAAUCAGAGAAUCUAUCAGAUUGUGAUAAAUUCAUAAAAAAUGCAAAUAAACAUCUAUUUUCUUAUUCAGAUAUUGAUUAGAUACCGGCAAUAUAGGUGAAGUUGUGACAUUAUUAAAU